UCCAUCGAUCUCGAUCGAGAGAGAGAGAGAAAUGGGGAAGGAGCUCACGGAUGAGCAGGUGUCAUCGAUGCGGGAGGCCUUCCACCUCUUCGACACCGACGGCGAUGGCCGGAUCGCCGUCUCCGAGCUCGGGAUUCUCAUGCGGUCUCUCGGCGGCAACCCCACGCAAGCCCAGCUGAAGGAUAUCGUCGCUUCCGAGAAGCUCUCUGGCUCUUUUGACUUCCCUCGUUUCCUUGACCUAAUGCGUCGCCAUUUUCGGCCUGAGCCCUUCGAUCGCCAGCUCCGCGACGCCUUCAAGGUCCUUGACAAGGAGGGCACUGGGCUUGUUGCUGUCUCCGACCUCCGCCACGUUCUCACCAGCAUUGGCGAGAAGCUCGAGCCUUCGGAGUUCGAUGAGUGGAUCCGUGAAGUGGAUGUUUUGCCCGAUGGGAAUAUCCGCUACGAGGAUUUCAUCGUCCGCAUGGUCGCCAAAUGAGACCGCACCCCUGGUCUUACUUCUGGUACGGUUGAAUAGAGGAAGAGUCGAAGUCCGUGGCAUGCCAAGGGAUUUAUAUGUGGUCGCUUCUGUUCUUUCAAUCAAAAUUCACUCAUCUGCGUCCAAUGCCUUUUAUCAAUUAAUUUCGAUUGUCUUUGCCAGUGUUAAGUUUGUUGAUGUUGAAACACUGAACCUCAAUUGCUUUUGUUGUACCUUGCUAGGAUUUCUUGGUGUCAAGCAAUGAACUGUCUUGUGUUUAGGCUUUAAAGUUUCUAUUCUAUACUUAUUUGGAUC